AUCACCGUGCGACGCUGUGCGUGUGUCGCGCAUACUCAAGAUGGCGGCCAAGGUGCUUUAGUUCGAGGGAUUUCAGGGCAGGCUGAGGGGGAGAAGCCAAUAUGAAGCCGCCGUCGAGGCUGCGUUCGGCCCCUGCUCGCUACCGACUGGGCUCCGCUCCCCGGGUUUGGAGCGACCGAGAGAAGCGGCGCCUCCUUCAGGCGCUGAGGGCUCAAGCUCAGGCUCCGGGUUCGCUGCGGCCGGAGCUGCUGAAGAAGUACCUGCCUUCGAAGGAGGAAGGCGAAAUCAUGGAAUUUGUGGAUCUACUGAAAGAACGUGUGGCAAGAGAAGCAGUCAAGGACCAGUAUCGAUACCGUCAGAGUAAACAGAAGGAUGCACCAAUUCCAGCACCUAUUGAGGUGUGGACUGAGUUAGCUGAGAAAUUAACAGGAUGCCUUGAGGAUGCUGUGACAGCUGCUUUUUCCCAGGCUUUGACAAUUGCAUCUGCUGAGCCAAUCUGCUUCCUCCAUUCUGUGCCCCCAAAGCCUGUGGAAGCCAAAAACACUAGAUGUUCGUCACCAACUCUUCAUAACAAGAAUAAAUCAAAUGAAGAAACUCAGGAAACAGCUAUGUCAUCAAAUUUGGGGGAACCAGCCCCUGUGGAAAACGGUGGAUUUCAAGUAGACUUCGAAAAGAUUUACAAGUACCUCUCUGUGAUCUCACGUGGAUCUAAAGCACCAGAACUUACACCAGGUGAGUCAGCUGUGCUCCUAGAUUUGUUAUUGUCACUACAAGAAGAGUUGGGAUGCUUAGACUUUAAAAAGCUGGAGAAUCAUAUGUACAAAUGCUAUUUGGAGUUAAAUGGACACUACACAGAGAAAAGCAGAACACAAGCAGAGGCCAGCCCAUCUGUAAACAAUGGUAAAGACUCAUGUGACGAACUUUUCCAUAUGCAUCCAGAAACCAGCUGCCUUCAAGAGCAAGAGGGUACUAAUUCUCUUGCCUCUUCCAAAGGUGAUGAAACACCAUCAUCUGUUAUCAAUUGGAAGACUCUGGGUAUCUGCCCUUUGAAUUCAUUCAUGUUUCCGUUGGAUCUUUUGGCACAGAAAGGAGAAACUGCUGAAACUGUUCCCCCAUGCAGUCUCUGCACAGGCACAAAACUUUAAUGUGUGAGGCUCCAAGACCACGGAGAAGGAGAAACUGUUGACCGAAGGAAAGUGCAUUCUGUGCUACACAUGCCUGAAAAAACUUGUAUUUAAGUCUUCUCACAGGUGUUCUGAAAUAGCCCUUACUCGUACAGGGAUCAUAGUCUCCUCAUGCCAGUAUUAAGUAGCCUGAUCUGUUUUUUACACCUUUGUUUAAUGUCAAUAAAUAAACUGUGUUCUUACCUUAA